UAUUCUAUAAAACAGAAGCUAGUAACAUUUCGAGAAAUAGUUACGAAAUCUUCCGCCAUUGCUUUGUCUGUUUCUCUUAUAAUAUUUGUAUGCAUAGGUACUUCGCUGUUUUCUCCAUUUGAUUUCUAGAUCCGGUACAGACUGAUUACACGUGGCAGAUUGAUCAGGAGUAACAAUUCUUGCGUCAAAUUUUUGAAAUUCCUUGUGCCAACAUAUAUCAAACGAUUAUUAAGGUAUAUUUCAAAUGGCACAAUGUCAACUUUUCUUGGGCUUAUCGAGGAAUUACCAGCUAUCUCUGUGGAUUCAUUUAGCGGACAAAAUCUUGACUCUUCUGUAUUUUUUCUUAGUCAUUGUCACAUAGAUCAUAUGAAUGGUUUAAAUAAUUUAUUCUUUGAAUACUUAGAGAAAUGUAAUAAGUAUCUUUAUUGUAGUCCAAUUAGUAAAUUAAUUCUACAAAAUAAAUUUAGCUUAAAUGAAAAUUGCAAAAUAAAAGAGAUUUAUAUAGACACUCCAGUCGUUAUAGAAUAUAAUGAUAAACAGGAUAAUAAUCACAUUAUUGUAGUAAUAAGUAUUUCAGCUGGGCAUUGUCCAGGCUCUCUCAUGUUUCUCUUUCAAAAGCAAGAUAAAUUAGUGCUUUAUACUGGAGACUUUAGAAUUAAUCCAAAUGAUUAUUCAAAAUUAAGAUCUUUGCAUGUAAAACAAGGCUACAGAUUACUUCCAAAGAAACUUGAUAAAAUUUAUUUAGAUACAACUUUUUUAAACCCUAACUUUUCUUAUUUACCAUCUCGGAAAGAAAGUAUAAUAAAAAUACAUCAAGCAAUUAAGGAAUGGCUCGAUCAAGACCCAAGGAAUGUUGUUAUGCUGGAAUGUUCUGCUCUUUAUGGUUCAGAGUUUCUUUACAUAGAAUUAUCAAAGUCUUUAAAUAUGAAAAUUCAUGUUAAAGAUCUUGUGUACAAUACUUACUGUUCUAUUACUGAAAUAGCUCCCCAUAUUACAAAUGAUUCUAACAGUACUCCUAUACAUGCAUGUACUAAAAAAUCAGAUCGAUCAUUAAAGUGUCGUUAUGAUGUAAGCAAAGAAAAUAUAUUAAUUAUUGUGCCAUCGGUAUUAAAAUGGCAAGGAAAAGAUAUAUCAAAGAUAGCUGAGUGGGAUGAACACAGAGAAAGAACGUAUAAUGUAUGUUACUCCAUGCAUUCUUCAUUUAAUGAGCUUAAAGCAUUUAUACAAUACUUUGAACCUAUGGAAAUAUUUCCAUGUGUUUGCCCUACGAAUCAAGAGAAACAAAUUUAUGAUAUACUAAAUGAAAUAAUGACUAAAUCUACUAAUCAAACAUUGAAAACGAAUAAAUCACGAUAUCAACUAAAGUUAUCUUGUUACAAGACAACAAAUGUCAAUACUUCUGAAAAUAUUUACUUUAGCGAUGAUGAUAGUUGUUAGUGAGUAUUAUUGUUAUAUAAAUCAAAGGAAAUUAUUUUUAUAUCAUGUGCUUAUGACAUAAACUAUUUUAAA